GCAGGUCGGCGUUCAGUUCGUGUUCAUCUGUCUCAACUCAACCACGCAGCUCCUUCCUUGCCUAGCAAUCUCAACCAGCAGCAGAAGCAGCGUCGUCUCAAAACUCUCUCAACCACCACCGACCGACUAGUGUAGUUUUUUCUCUCGCCUAGUUCACACGUACGGAAGCAGCGUCUCCUCACUAUUUCACUUCAAGUCCAUCCGAAAGGAAGAAGAAAAAAGAACAAACAACAUGAGUGGAAACGACAAGGAAGUUGCAGUAGAGAAGGUCGCCGCCGCCACGGAGAAUGACAAAGCCGAUCCUAAGGCCGAGGUCAAGGGGACAAAGAGAGCAGCUGAGACCGGAGAAAACGACGUGAAAAAGGCGAAAAGGGAAGCGAACGGAGAGGAGGAUGAAGUAGAGGACGAGGAAGACGUUGAAGCGGAAGAAGAGGAAGAGGACGAAGGUGAAGAGGACCUACGAGAGGAGGAAGAGGAGGAGGAGGAGGAAGAUGACGGAGAAGGUGGCGAGGAGAACGAGGACGACGACUAAAUGGUCGAAAAAAACACAAAACCUAAUUUAAGCCUGAGUAAGGGAGGAACGACGAUGAAGCGACGAUAGACUUACUUCUUUUUUUCUGUUUUAAUUGUAAUACAUAAUACGAUAACUAAAAUGAAUUAUUUUCAUUUGUGUUUUGUACUGGUUGAGAAUGUAAACUUGUUCUUUUUUUAUAAUAAAACAAACAAUUAGAAUUGAA